ACCGGUGGAGGAGCCGAGGUGAUCUGCCCUCUGCACGACCCCGAUGGAAGGCCCUGCGGAAAGCGGUGCAGUGGAGCCAAGCCCUACCGUUCAAUACAGGAGCACAUUCGACGUGCGCACCCUGAUCGGUACAUCGCGGGAUUGCCGGCGAACGAGGAGAGCUUUCAGGCCAUGGUCAACACCGAG